UAGAGAUUCUUUUUAUCUUAGCGUUGGUUGGUUUUCAUAAAUCGAUUAUGGAUUUGGUUGGCAACUAUUUCACAUUUUUAUCAUUAAUAAUGUUGUUGGACCUGCACUUAUUUUCUUUUAGUGCUUUUGUAAAUGAUUAAGAGUAUGAUAUAUGGUUCGCCUGGCGGGUGGUGUUUGCUGGGUGCCAAUCACGUCUAGCGGGUAUUUUGGGACGUGACAAAGUUGGUAUCAGAGCCUAGGCUUUAAGUCCCGGGUCAUGGAGCAGUGUUUAGUAGAGUCUUGUUCAUGGGUAUGUAGGCGCCCAUACUUAUGACCUUGAGGCUACUGGACAUCUAGGAAGUUUUCCCUUCUUUCAUUCCUUGUUCGUGCGUGAGUUGAAUCAAGUUUAACCUUGUAAUAUUUAUUUCGCAGAUGGCUAAGAAACGCGCAUCUUCAUCUGCUAAAUGUGGUGCUGGACAGGGUGCUACCCGCGGUGGUUUACAAGCUAGUGCUCAUCAGACUAGAGCUCAGACUAGGACUCAGGCCACUCCUCAGCCUGAAGUUGUGAAUGGGGGUCAGCCCCGAGUUGUGUCAGAGCAAGUGCAGGAACAAGUGGUUCAGAACACUCCACCGGCACCAGCUGCUGCCCCUACUAUUGCUAUGCCCACAGAUGUGGUGACCAGAUUAUUGAAUGUGUUGGAGGCAUUGGCGCCUAAUCAUGGUGGAAUUCUAGGUCCUCAGGCUACUUCACAAGCACAAGCUCAAGUUCAGUUGAAUGUUGCAGCUAAUCAGACACCUCAGUUGGCCCCUCAACAGGUUGUCCCGUCUGCAGGGCAAUCCAAGGAGUUUAAGAAUUUCAUAGAUCUUAAGCCACCAGAGUUUGAUGCUUCACCAACUUCUAUUGAACCUCAGAAGUUCAUUGAUCGUUGUGAAAAGAUAUUGACUACGUUGGGGCUGAAGGAGACUCGUGGUGUGGAAUUUGCCACUUUCUUAUUCUCAGGGUCUGUAGAGUCUUGGUGGAUUUCGAUUCAGAGAGGUAGACAAGCAGGGUUACCACUUAUUACUUGGUCAAAAAUUUUAGCGCUGUUUAAGGACAGGUUUAUUCCAUUAAGCAAGCAAGAUGACAUGAGACGUCAGUUCAAUAAUCUGCGGCAGGGAACUAUGACCGUUACAGAAUAUGAGGCCAAGUUUACAGAUUUAUCCAGGUAUGUACCUUAUUUGGUAGAGGAUCCGAGAGAGAAGGUGAGACGAUUUGUGGAUGGACUUGAGCAUCGCUAUCGUGGUCCUGUGGUACGAGAUGUGUGAUAUGGUACCUAUUCAGAUGUAGUUGACACUGCUCUCCGUUACGAGUCCUAUCUAGAAAUGGACAAAGUUGAGCGUGAAAGCAAAAAGCCACGUAACACAGGUGGGUUUAGUGGUGCUCCAUCUGGGGGCAAGAGUGGUUUUUAUCGUGGGCAGUCCAGAUCUACUCAGUCAGAAUCAGUGGUACAGUCUUCUAGUGGUUAUUCAGCUAGACAGGGCCAGCAGCAGAUGCAGAGGAAGGGUAAUAGCUCAUAUCAGUCAGGUUAUCAUCCGAGGUGUUCUAACUGUGGUAGAAAUCACAGUGGUCGUUGCUUUGGGGUAGAUGGGGCUUGUUUUACUUGUGGUGAAAAGGGGCAUAUUGCUAAAUACUGUCCUAAAGGAAAUUCUGGUGCUAGUCGAGCUACUACACAGCCGCAGGGAACUACUACAGCUACACAGGGUCAGAUUCAGCCAGCUAGGACCGCUCCACAGGGUGCUCGUGGACAGGGACGACAGGGUGCACAGGUUGCUCAGGGAGGGGGUGGACCGCCGAGAUUCUUUGCUAUGACCAGACAGGAUGUCGAGGCAUCUAAUGCAGUUGUCAUAGUUUGAGGCAAUCCGGAGACUCGAGAAUGCAAUUUUGAUUUAUUGGGAAGUGUGCUUGAAUUGUGAAUUUGAGAUAUUGUCGUUGAGAACGAGGCUGGUAAUUGAAGAUUUCGUGAGUGGAUUCUGUUGCUAAGGUGAGCCACUGCAUUAUUCGUGGAGGCAGCCAUUUCAGCUUUAUCUAGUUUAUUUCUAGUUAUUUCUUUUAUUUUGGGUUUACAUGCCCGACACUCAAACUCAUGUAACUCUAUUAGAUGCUCCAUGGUCUUAGCGUGGGAUGUGGGCUAGAGAUUCUUUAUCUUAGCGUUGGUUGGUUUUCAUAAAUCGAUUAUGGAUUUGGUUGGCGACUAUUUCGCAUUUUUAUCAUUAAUAACGUUGUUGGACCUGUACUUAUUUUCUUUUAGUGCUUUUGUAAACGAUUAAGAGUAUGAUAUAU